GGGAGGGAGCCGAAGCCUCGGGCCGGGCGCGGGCGGCGGCGCGAGCAGGGCAGGCGAGCUCGGCGCUCUCCCCAUGGCGGGGAGCGGGCCGCGGCGGCACUGACAGGCCCCGGGGCUGGGCGGCGGGCCCGGGCGGGGGCCUGGGGCCGAGGGGAAGAUGAGCGCCCUCCUAGAGCAGAAGGAGCAGCAGGAGAGGCUGCGGGAGGCCGCGGCCUUGGGGGACAUUCGGGAGGUGCAGAAACUGGUGGAGAGCGGGGUGGAUGUGAACUCCCAAAAUGAGGUCAACGGCUGGACCUGUUUACACUGGGCAUGUAAACGGAAUCAUGGUCAGGUGGUCUCUUACUUGUUAAAAUCAGGAGCUGACAAAGAGAUUCUUACCACAAAAGGAGAAAUGCCAGUCCAGUUAACAUCAAGGAGAGAAAUCAGGAAGAUUAUGGGAGUGGAAGAUGAUGAUGAUGACGACGACAACCUCCCCCAGCUGAAGAAGGAGUCAGAACUGCCCUUUGUUCCCAACUAUUUGGCCAACCCAGCCUUCCCUUUUCUCUACACCCCCGCGGCAGAGGAUCCAGCCCAGCUGCAGAAUGGGGGCCCCACCACACCUCCUGCAUCACCCCCUGCAGAUGGCUCACCUCCGUUGCUCCCCCCUGGGAACCCUCCCCUGCUAGGGACCUUUCCCCGGGACCACACCUCUUUGGCACUGGUUCAGAAUGGGGAUGUGUCUGCCCCCUCUGCCAUACUCAGAGCACCAGAAAGCACAAAACCAGGUCCUGUUUGUCAGCCACCAGUGAGUCAGAGUCGCUCAUUGUUCUCUUCUGUCCCAUCCAAGCCACCAGUGUCUCUGGAGCCUCAAAAUGGGACGUAUGCAGGACCGGUGCCAGCAUUCCAACCAUUUUUCUUCACUGGAGCAUUUCCAUUUAAUAUGCAAGAGCUGGUACUCAAGGUGAGGAUUCAGAACCCAUCUCUUCGAGAAAAUGAUUUCAUUGAAAUUGAACUGGACCGACAGGAGCUCACCUACCAAGAACUGCUCAGAGUGAGUUGCUGUGAGCUGGGUGUUAAUCCAGAUCAAGUGGAGAAGAUCAGAAAGUUACCCAAUACUCUGGUAAGAAAGGACAAAGAUGUUGCUCGACUUCAAGAUUUCCAAGAGCUGGAAUUGGUUCUAAUGAUAAGUGAAAAUAACUUUCUGUUCAGAAAUGCUGCAUCCACACUGACUGAGCGGCCUUGCUACAACAGGAGAGCUUCAAAACUGACUUACUAAUGCAGCAGGACUUUUAUCACUGAGCGUUGUGACAGUGUGUUAUCUCUGGGCCAAGGACAAGCCAUUGAUCCAAAUGCCUUGGAUGCCCGGGAGGGCCCCUGGUGCCACCACGUAGCAUACACUAACAUCAUUCUGCCAAGGUAGGAAGCCCCUGACCCCAAGCAGCGGUGCCACACUUCUAAGCCUCUUGGUGCACAAUAAACCUAUUGCUUGAAGCUGUGAACAGCUGAGAAGUGGUCUGGAGAGGCAGAGGCCGGCGGUUCUAUAUCCAGUG